CCCACUAUAUAAAGGAGGCGCGCCCACUGCUCUGCUCUGUCUCCAUUCAAGCCAAGAUGAGCUACGGAUCUGAUAACUAUACCUCCUCCUCCUCCUACCGGAAGAUUUUCGGGGAGUCUCCCCGUUAUGCGUCCUCUCCAUCCCGGACAACGAUGUCCUCCUCCCGUGGAGGAGGGUACCGGUCCUCCUCGGCAUCCCGUAGCAACGUCUCCUCCAUGGGCUUGUACAACAGAAAGUCUGGCCGCUCCAUCUCCAUGUCCAUGCCGAUGGAGCCCUUCGACCUGGCGCAGAGCAACGUCCUCAACAACGAGUUCAAAAUCGUCCGCACCAAUGAGAAGGAGCAAAUGCAAGGUCUCAACGACCGCUUUGCCAUGUUCAUCGACAAAGUGCGCAACUUGGAGCAGAGCAACAAAGUGCUGGAGACGGAGUUGACCGCGCUGCGCCAGCGGCAGACCGAGCCGUCCCGUCUGGCCGAGCUGUACCAGCAGGAGAUCCGAGAACUGCGCUCCCAGCUGGACGAGCUGAACGGGGAGAAGUCCCAGCUCGUCAUCGAGAGGGAUUGUAUCGAGGACGACCUGCAGAAGCUCCGGGGGAAGUACGAAGAGGAGUACCGAGCCCGGGAGGACGCGGAGGCCAUCCUGAAGGCUUUCAAGAAGGACGUGGACGACGCCACCAUGGUGCGCCUGGACCUGGAGAAGAAGGUGGAGUCUCUGCUGGACGAGAUCAACUUCCUCAGGAAAGUGCACGACGAGGAGGUGGCCGAGCUGACGGACAUGAUCAACGCCGCCCAGGUGUCCGUGGAGAUGGAGGUGUCCAAGCCGGACCUCACCUCCGCCCUCAAGGAGAUCCGAGGCCAGUACGAGUCCAUGGCGUCCAAGAACCUGCAGUCCGCAGAGGACUGGUACAAGACCAAGUUCGCCGACUUGUCCGAGCAGGCCACCCGGAGCACCGAGGCCAUACGAGCCAGCAGGGAGGAGAUGAACGAGUUCAGGAGGCAGCUGCAGUCCAAGACCAUCGAGAUAGAGAGUCUGAGAGGAACCAACGAGUCUCUGGAGAAGCAGCUCCACGAGAUGGAAGAGAGGCACAAUGUGGAGAUUGGAAACUACCAGGACAACAUGAUGGACCUGGAGAAUGAUCUGAGGGCCACCAAGGGCGAGAUGGCUCGUCACCUGAGGGAGUACCAGGAUUUGCUCAAUGUCAAGAUGGCACUUGAUAUUGAAAUUGCAGCUUACAGGAAACUCCUGGAAGGCGAGGAGACCCGCAUCGGGACGGGGAUCACCUACUCUGGCUCCUCCAUGAGCGCGAGCGCUGGGCAGGGCUACAACUACCAGAGCCGUAUGUACACCAGCUCCAGCAAGGGCUCCAAGAGGGAGGGCAAGGACGAAGACCAGCAGCAGAGCAAGUCUGGAGGCAAGGUGUCCCAGCGUGAGGUUUACGAGGAGACGGUGGUCACCACCACCAAGAAGACGGAGAAGCAAGACCCCAGCGACAUUCCCACCAAUCAGAAAAACUAAGAGCCUACUGUAAGCUUGUUUUGACCCCCUUACCCCUACAUAUCCCAUGCUAAAACAAACCCUGAGCCUUUACACUUCAGCACUUGUGGGGAUCUAUUGCCUCCUUAUUAUAAGCACAGUAAGAUCGCCAUGGUUUCUAUCUGCAGUGCACCAUUGUGUGCCGGAUGUCCACAAGUGCAUAGAGUGUGGGAUCUAGAUGUUUGUGUUUACGUGGGUUUGUCCUUCCCUGUCCCCUUUGUCCCCCCACGUGUGUUCCCCCAAAGGAAAUCCAUUAUAACUCUACUGUAACCAUCACUCUGUACGAAACCACAGCGCAUCUGUGCCCUCUCUCUUUCUCCUUCACACACUCAACAUCGAACAGCAACGAGCACUUACUGUAGGUAGCAUCUCUUACAGGAGUUUGGUCUUUCAUGAUAUAAUACUCAACUGGUCCGUCGCACUUCGGGCUGAUGUUAUAUCAACAUGUGACACUGAAAACACGGUAGAUAAUAACUCUGGUCAUUCACUACUACCACAAGCUGUGAGAAACUCUUAACACAUUCCAGUGGAAUUUAGUUUAGUGGGAAAGCACACAGUCUGCAGUUAAAAGAAACCAGCCAAGAUAAACAAUAAUAUAUGAUAGUGUAUUGCUGAGGUAAUAUGUUGAGUCUCUUUCUUAAAAAUGGAGUUCAAAAUGUGUCCUUGCACAAUUUUUUUGAUUUAUAGUAGUUUGACUGCGGUCCAGUCAUCUCUGCGUGACAACAGUAUGGAAGACUUAACUUUUUUCACUUCCCGGGGAAGUUUCUCAAAAGUCGAUUCCCGUAAAUGAGAUUUGAAGCAAACACGAAAACAAAUGUAUUAACCAAGCAUAAUUUGCAUGGUGUAUGUAGAUGUCAUGCUUGCAUGGAAUCCAUUGGCCCAUUGCUCGUUCGACACGAUUUCAUAGUAAAAAAAAAGGCCGGCUCAUGCCUUCCUUUUCUCCAUCUACCAUGCUGAGCAUCAUUGUGCACAACACUCAUUAAUAAGUGUAAUAGACACGUGCUUGUUAGCCUGUAGGCUAGAUUUGAGACUACUGUUAUAACUCUUACUGUAGGAUGUCAAUGCUAUGAAGAUAAGAAGUUAAAAUCCUCUCUAAGGUGCUUCUAUAGGAAUGUCAAAACUACCAGAUUUGGUAAACAGUUUGCACAAUGUGCUAUGAAGUAUACAGGGAAGAGUUACGCAAAGUCAGUUAGAGACUGAAUUGUAAACUACGCUUUAGCACAAGAUCCUCUGAGAUCCACCUUGGUGCGAAGAAUUGUUUGCAUAUUCAACACCAUUUCCCAUGAUGCUUUAAGCACAUUUGAGCCCCAGAAUCCAUACCGUAAUCACUCAGCCAGAAGAAAACCAUGCCAGCAACGCUCAGAAUACGGCACAAAUACCAGUCAGGAGCCGCCAGACCGCGACGUGUUUGAAACAACUUGACCUCUCUCUUUAUACAUGUGGCCAUGACUGGAUAAGAUGUCCGUUGUAGUACGACCUCACCACUAGAAAUCCCUCAGUAUGAGAGACGUGUAGCUUGUUUUUUUUUUCUACUCGUGCACUGCCGACUUUAACACAGUUUAUCCUCCUGCUGCUGGUCAUGGCGACCCACGCACUGACAAACUGCACUUACAGUGAAAACAAAAAACCUGCUGAUUGAGACUGUUCUGGAUUGUUGUUCUACUUGUGAUAAGUAACUUAGUACUGUAGUGAGUGUGUCUUUAUCUCUACACAGUGGCCUAUCAUAACUGGGAUUAUUUAGGGGGCGGAGAAGCUGAAAGUUGGGCAUUUUAUUUUGUGGAUUACUGAAUUCCAGUGUAAAGCUGCAGAAAUGUACAAGAUAUAAGCAGCAAUUUAUAGUAUACAGCUAUAAAUAUGGAUGAAUGGUUCAUGGUUGCAAAUGUCAAGCCUUUGUCUUUAUCCUCUGUCUGAGGCAAAAAAUGUCACUACUGCUACUCCUACUACUACUGCUACUACAGUACUACUACUACUCCUCCUACUACUACUUCUACUACUACUGUACUACUACUACUACUGCACUGCCAAACUUUUCUAAGUGCACAUGCAACACCACUCCCUUGAAAUCAAGCAUUUUUCUGAAAACCCAGUACAUCACUAAUACAAAAACCACCAACCAAUCAAGAUUUAGCCAUAGAACAAAUAACUGUAGGAUGUGAAAUGCCUUAAAACACCAGCUGCUUUUUUUCUGGCCAUGUGUGUGAUGUAUAUGAUUCUGUUAAGUGGGGUAUUUAAUCAUUUAUUAAUCUCUUUAUUAUUAGAGCUACCGUGAUUACUAAAGCAUAGGGAUCGAAUGUAGUUGACAUGCUAUUCUCUUUACUGUUAUUACUAUGUAUUGCUGUAUGACACCAUAUAUAUCAAUAAAGACUUGACAUUA